UUCUAUUUCCCUAGGAACUGAUCCGACACAGAACCCACCAAGGAUCAUGACUAAAAGCUUCUACAUUGGAAUCUCCAUUGCCUUGGUGCUUCUACUUCUUGUUAGCACAAUGGUUAUCACAAAUUGCGUCUUUGUGAAAAAGAAGCCAGGAUCUCUAAGCUUGGUAGCAUUCCGUGUCUGUAAGAUCAGAACUUUACAGAACUCAAAGAACGUGCGACCACGAGUCCAGGAAAACAUCUACAUUAUUGAAGACAGUCCUCCUGUCAAAGAUUAAGUUGCAGUGGAACACAGCAACGAGAUGUCACCAAGCUGGACACCCCUUUAAGCUCCAGGACUAUUUUCUGUGUCGGUUCAUCGGGUGUUCCUGCUUUCCAGCCAUAGUGAAGAAGAUGAUCCUCUGCCUGGCCAGCCUCACUCUCACUGUUGAAAUGAUGUCCAGUCUCUCCACUCACCGCAGAGCCUUUUUCAACAUGAACACUUUAAUAGUUUGGAUUUCCUUUAGACCCCACAAUUCUUUUGUCCAUGAAAGAAAAAUCAUUGGUAAUGGAGGCCAUUGAC